AUGAGCCUUGUCUGCGGCGUCUGCAACGAGCAACCGUCCAAGUACAAAUGCCCCGUCUGCCGCCUGCGCUACUGCUCCGCGCCAUGCUACAAGCUGCAUAAGGACGCCGCUUGUGGGCAGCCGGCCGCGCCUGCCAAGGACGCGCCGGCGACAAGCAGCAAUGCCACCGCGACCACGCCUGUCCCUGCGCCAGUGGCCAGCGAGCCGUCGCCUGCGCCAUCGGUCACCGAGGCGACGGACGUCGCGCCCCUCCCGACAGACAUCCUCGAGCCGAGUAGCGCGGCGCCCGAGCCCACCAGUAGCACUGACACUGUCGUCGCCACACCAGCGAUCGUCGACGCUGUGGCUGCUGCGGUCGAGGCCGUUGCUUCUGCCGAGCCCACGGACGACGACGCGAAAGACAUGGACACGGCCGAGCCUCUUGCCACCGACACGGACAUCGCAGAGAUGGUCGACGAAGCGCUGGCCGUUGCUCCAUUGGCCGCCGACGACGAAGAGAACAUCCAUCUCUUGACCAAGGCGCAGCUGCAAGCGAUCGCAUCGUCAACACUCAGGUAA